AUGCAGAACCUCAACGACCGCUUGGCCUCGUACCUGGACAAGGUGCGGCUCCUGGAGGGGGACAACGCCGACCUGGAGUGCAAGAUCAGGGAGUGGUAUGCCAAGGUAGGGCCCAGCUGUGAGCCACGGGACUACAGCUGCUACCACAAGGAAAUCGAAGACCUUCAGAACCAGAUCCUGUGUGCAGCCAUGGAGACUAACAAAAUCCUUCUGAACAUAGACAACAAUAGGAUGACUGCUGAUGACUUCAGGGUGAAGUACGAGACCGAGUGUGGCCUGAGGCAGAACGUGGACGCUGACAUCUGCAACCUCCGGCCCGUGCUGGACCAGCUGGCCAGCUGCAAGACCGACCUGCAGCUGCAGUGUGAGGCUCUGCAGGAGGAGAUGUGCUGCCUCAAGACCAACCAUGAGGAGGAGAUGAGCUGUCUGAGGAAACAGGCGACUGGGGAUGUGAGCGUGGAGGUCAAUGCCUGCCCUGGCCCAGACCUGAGGAAGAUCCUGGAGGAUCUGAGGUGCCAGUACGAGACGCUGAUGGAACGCAACCGCAAGGAGACGGAGCAGUGGUAUGCCUGCAAGGUGGAGGAGGUGAAUCUGGAGGUGGUCACCAGCAGCCAGGAGAUUGAGUCAAGCAACAAGCAGGUCACCGAGCUGAGGCGUCAGCUGCAGGCCCUGGAAAUCAACGUCCAAGCCCAGCUGACCAUGAAGGAAAACCUGGAAUCCUCUCUGACGGAAACCGAAUGUCGCUACAACAAGUACCUGGUGGAGCUGCAGAACCAGAUCUCCUGCGUGGAGCAGCGCCUGGCCGAGAUCCGAGCGGAAAUGGAGUGCCAGAACCAGGAAUACAAGACCCUCCUGGACGUCAAGUGUCGCUUGGAGCAGGAGAUCCAGACCUACCACUGCCUGCUGGAGGGUGGCCAGCACGACAUCAUGUAG